AUGAAACACAAACACAGGCAGUCAACAAAACCAUGCUGCUGUGUGUGUUUUGUUAUGUCGGCAUAAUGUGUCUGAAGGCGUUUCAGACGCAAAACAUCUGAAGCUGCCAUCUGCCGGUUAUCUGUUAUCGACUUGUAAGGCUGUUUGUAGUUUUCACUUCCUGUCUGGUUUCGCUUUUGAACGAGGAAAAACGUCGCAGAAAUCCCGGAACUGUAACAAAGUGCUCUACUUGGAUCGUACAAGACGUUCAGGGAUGGCCACCGCGCCACAGUCUUUACUUCAGAUGAGAUCGACUGAUCUUAUUAAAAAGGAGCCCCUGGCGUACGGAGGAUUUGGAGAUGUCUACCUGUGCUACCACGUAACACUCGGACAGGUGGUGUUGAAGACUAUAUACACAGGCCCUCUUCGUAAUGAGGAUAGUAAAAAGUCACUGCUGGAGGAGGGGACCAUCAUGGCAAGCCUGAACCACGAGCGGGUGGUGAAGUUGCUGGGCGUCAUCAUGGAGGACAGAGACUGCUCGCUGGUGAUGGAGCUCAUCCCCAGAGGCAACCUGUUGGUCAUGCUAGAGAUGGUCACUGUGCCAAUAUCCAUCAAGGGCAGAAUCAUCUUAGAGAUUUUGGAGGCGAUGGUCUACCUCACAGAGAGACAUGUUGUACACAAGGACAUCAAGCCAGAAAACAUUCUAGUGGACAAGGAUUUUCACAUCAAGAUUGCAGACCUGGGCCUGGCCACCAGCCAGACAUGGAGCAAGCUCACCAAGGAGGAGUCUCGCAGGAAGAGUCGUAUGGGGCUGUCAGCCGGGGAGAGAGGGGCCGGCACUCUGAGCUACAUGGCCCCCGAACACCUGGAGAGCAUACACACACCCUCCACUGAGAAGUCUGAUGUUUACAGCUUCGCUAUCGUGGUUUGGGUCGUCCUCACAGGAGAUGAGCCGUAUGCAAAUGCCAGGAGUGAAGAGCAAAUGAGCCAGUGUGUCCGAAAGGGUGACCGACCAGCGGAGGACGUUAUUCCAGAUGACACGCCUGCAGAGAUGAUAGAGCUGAUGAAGAGAUGUUGGGAUCACAAUCCAACGCAACGGCCAACAUUUAAAGAGGCCUACCACCUCUUCCGCCCUUUCUACAUGAAAAAGCUUGAGCCAGAUGUAGAGGAAGAUUUACUUGGGCUGAGGGAUUCAUACGAAGGCCCAGACGAUCUUAUUGAGAAGAUGAAGUCUUUAUCAAUGACCUUUGAGUGUUUGUCAGCAGAUUGCCCCGCUCCUUUGCUGAGUUCAGACAGAGUUGUGCCUGUGCCAGUUGAAGCCAGUAUCGAGGACCUGCAUGGCACCCAGUAUGAGCCGUGUGACGAUUCUGUCCAGUCGGAUGCAAAGGUAGAUUGCAGCCCUUCAGCUCUGGAGCAGAAACUGGAUCGGGAGUUUCAGUACCACAAGCACGGUAGCUAUAACAGUGAGAACCAGCCCGAUGCCGCCGACUGCCACCAUCUAAACAACUCGAAUCCUUUCCUGAAUAGUCCCUUCAGUACUCCUGAUCACGCCAUAAGGCAGCCAGAACAAGACAAACCCUCUUACGCAUCCUCUGUCCAUUCCUGGACCAAAGCUGAGCCGGUGCAGCCCACCAGCCACGAAGAGGCCUUGUACCACCCAGCUGCUGGUGUCUUUGAGUCCAUGAACUCUUCCGUACCUGCUCCAUUACACCUGCCAAUGUCUGCCAGCACCUCCUGUCUUCCACAAUUGAACCAGCAACACCCAAACUCCCACUUUGACCGCCAGCAGUCCUGGCCAGCUUACCCAGUGUCUGACACCUCUGCUCCUGACCUCGGCCCUCGGCGUCUUCUGGCACCUUGCAAGGGUAGCUCGUCACAAGAUCAAGGAUCUCUUUUCAUUCAAAAUGCCAGUGGGAUCCAGAUUGGGAGCAACAACACAAUGAGCAUCAGACGUUUCGACUCCACAAGUAGUUUGUCGUCUCAAACUUCUUACGGCUCAGCUCUCUGGCGAAUCAAUGAAUGCAUUCAGAAAUAUGAGGACCAUGCUGUGACCGAGGAGCACCUAGAUCUGCUGAGGGAAAACAUCGGCAACAAGUGGAAGCGCUGUGGGCGGCGGCUGGGUCUGACAACGGUGGAAAUAGAGACCAUUGAGCACGACUGUUACCGUGACGGCCUGCCGGAGAUGGUGCACCAGAUGCUGGAUCGUUGGAAAAUGAAGGAGGGGAGUAUCGGCUGCACAAUUGGGAAGCUUUGUCGAGCUGUGAAGAGCAACAUAGAGGUAGAUGUCAUCCAGAAGAUAUUGGACCUGUGCGGUCCUUCGCCCUGAAUUUCAUAAACUUUGGCAGAUCUCUCUUUUUCCCUCUAAAAUUCUGACUUCCUGCACAUGGUUACGGUAUUUCGGUUCAGCGUAAAACUAAACGGAGAACUUAUUUUGUUUUUUUGUGAUUCAAAUAUUGGCGUCAUAGAAAAAUAGUACACAGCAAAGAAUGCUUAAUGUGUUUGAAAAGCUGGAGCCUCACCAAUGUAUUAUCAGCCAAUAUUGGCCUACACAUAUCAGUCAGUAUGUUUAAUCGGUUUACAGAUAUAUGCAGUGAUGAAAACUAUUUUUCAGAAUAGGACAUUCUGAAACAAUGCUUGUGAUUAUGAUUUUAAAAAAAAAUGGGUCAUCAUGUCGUCGGUUCAGCAAAGAAGUUUCCUCGAAUACUCUCAACAUGGUCUGCACAUCAUGUAGAGAAGCAUCACAUCAGUAGUCCACACAAAGAUGGCCUGGUUGGUAGUUUGUUAUAGAAAGCAGCCUUCUUAGAAUCAACAUAAAAAAGUCCAUUAUUUUAAUCAUUCCUGUUAUAAAACUCUCUAUCAGUCACUAUGUUGAUAAUUGGUGAAUAUCAUAUCUCUAAAAUCCAUAUCUAUCUUAAAAUCCUAUCACUAAGGCUCCAGUCAGUGUCUGAACGAUACUCAUGGAAAACUCCACAGCUCAACCAAGCAUCUUUGUAGAAAGACACUCGAGGGGAAUCAGCCACAAAGAUUGCUGUAAACAAUUAUUUUAAUAAAAAAAAUGAUGAAUACGUUGUAAACUGUCUUUAAAAGCUGGACACUUUGUUUCCUGCUUCGAUAAAGUCAUCGCUUGGUCAUGACUGACUUUUAGUAAAGUACUCUGAUUGCAUUUUCACAAGACUGAAUUUCUUUUCUACCACACUUGUGUUUUGAAGUAUAUAUUUUAGUGUAAAGGUUCUUCUAAUCAUCGUUUAUUCUCUAAUUUACCGCGGAUUCAGCCAGUGUGUGUGACGUAAGCUCGUAUUAUAAAAAAUUAUGAUCUUUUUAAUAUCAAACAGCCAUUGAGUUAAUUAUAGAUGUGGACUGUAGCUUUUAACAGAAUGAUGGAGUCAUAUUCAGGGACAAAGUGUGAGUGAUAAUCAUAAUCAAAAGGAGUCUGAACCCAAAAGAGGCGAUGACACUGAGACUCUAAGAAGCUGUAAUCGUAAACACUGGGGAUGGGGAGUGGGGCAUAGGGUUGGGGGGUUGGGAGGGUCUUACUAUAUGAGAGCUGUGUGUCCAGUAGGGGUUAGUAGUCCGGUUCGGUACCCAUUAAUUGGCACCAAAAGUUAAGAAUGGUACCAAAAUAAGAGAUCUGUACCGUCCUACUUUGUUGGUACCCUUCUGUUGGGGUGCCAAGGGUACCGAUCCGACCCUGAAGGGUCCCUUUAGUUUACUGUGUCCCGUUCUUCUUCUUCAUUGAACUUAAUGAAUAGCGGACUACACUGUGUUGGGCUGCUAUGAUGUCACACUAUUACAUAGGUGACUCGGCUAUCUCCAUCUGGCUUACACUCCGCUUACCAAAUAAGGGUAGGGUUGGCUGUGGAAACACGAGCAAGAUCAGGAUGUACGUUGGUGGAAAUUGGGCUUUUAAGUGUUGAACUCCUGUUUCUCAAGAUUUCUCUUAAAAUGCAUGAAUGACUUAUAAAUAAUAGAAUGUGAUUGUCUUCAAACUGAUGAAAUGAAGCACUGUACUUUAUCAAGUGUACAGUUUUGAAUUACAGGCUACUUUUGUCUCACCAAAGAUGAUCUCAUCUUUGACUUGUGUUCAUGUUUUUUGGUUUUUUUUUUAAACUGACAUGAAGCAUCACAGAAACUUUGGUCGCCCUGUUUUUCACUCUACAAUUCCAAAUAAACUGUUUGUACAUAUGUUUUAAGAA